AUGACCAAGAGGAUAGUGAAUGUCAAGAAAUUGCAAGGAAAGUGUAUGGGGCCACUGACACCUCAUACCACUGAGGUCUUCGAUGAGAUCAAGAAACAGGCUGCUGAAAUGUCUGUUUUAAUGGUUGAUUCAGACAAGUAUCAAGUAACAGGUCCGAGAUCACAGUGUGUUGUGAAUGUUAAACAUAAAACUUGUGCAUGCAGGAAGUGGGAUUUGACAGGGAUGCCUUGCAAACAUGCAGUUGCAGCCAUAUGGGAUAUUUCAAGGAAUAGCAUUGAUGCUGGCAUACCAGAAGAGUGGGUUUCUGAUGUGUAUUGGCUGUCAACAUCGAAGAAAGUUAAUGAGAAUGUGAUAGAGCCAAUCAAUGGGCCGGAGAUGUGGACUCCUUCACAGUGUCCAACAACACUCAUCCUACCAAAGCAUCAUACACAAGUUGGAAGGCCAAAGAAGAAACGAAAGAAGGCAUUUGGUGAAAAAGAGCUUGAGCAGGAGUUCGACAAAGGAGGUAAAAUGACCAAAAAGGGAACCACCAUCAAGUGUGGUAAAUGUGGGAACAUGGGUCACAAUGUCAGGAGCUGCAAAGGACAAGGGGGUGAACAAUCCACUGCUUCACAGGAAUCACACACUGCCACUCAAGGUGCACCGGUUGACAAUCUUUAUGAGUGA